GCAAAACAACAACAAAAAACAAUUUUUAAAUAAAAAUCCAUAAUUAAACAAGGAACAAUAUAGUAGAUGUGUUUAUUUGUUGAUGUAUUUAGUAGGUUAUUGAUCUAUUUAUGUCUAUAAAUACUUAUGCUUUACGUAAUUGUUGCCGAUCCAGUUUUGACUUUCACUUUUGAUUUUGAUCAGAAAGAGCUGCUGCGCGGUGUGUGCUCUGUCUGUUUAACUUUACCACGAUUCGACACAGGAAAUAAACCAGCGACAAAAUACACAGCGACAAAAUACACCUACACAGGUCAUGGCAGACCGACAGAUAGACAGCAAGGUGGACGUUGAUUCGGAGGGGAGAGAGAGAGAGUUGGAGGAGGCCAGGAAAGAGCUUCAAACAUGGAAGACUAAAGUGGAGAAAGCUGAUGAUGAGAAAGCCAGGCUGAUAUUGGACAAACUAGAAGAAGAAGAAGCCAAGACGAAGGCCCAGCAGGAGAUGAUAGUUUGUGCUAACAAGCAAGCGGAGCAUCAGAAGGAAUUCAAUCAAGGGAUGAACGCAGUGCAGGAUGAAAUCCUGAAGCUAAGUAAACGCAGAGAAGAACUGCAGAAAAAACUGAAGAUGUAUCAAUCGGAACUGGAGGCUAAGAAGGCAGAGUCCACAAAACUGAGGCAGAAAUUCAAGAUCUACGCCCAGAUUCCAGAGACAGAGGUGAUGUUCAGGACACAGGAUAAAGAGGAGAGGGAUGACGACAGUGAGCCAAUCAGAGGGCUGUUUGCCAUCAGCCAGAGACCCACUGUCCUUCUGCAAGGAGGACAGGCACUCAUCACCUUUGAAGAAGAGAGCGUUGCCUCUCGGAUCUUGAAGCUUGCCAAGUGCUCUGUGUCCUGUGAGAAAAGUAGUUUGGAUGUGAAGCCGAAAAAAAUAACCAUGGAUCCUGUUGUUAAGUUUGAGGUCCAGCUUGACGUUUCCAGAAAAGAUCUCGUGGUUGCCAACAUUCCCCCUUCCAUGCCAGAGGAGAGAAUAAAGGACAAACUGGAGAUGAGUUUCUCCAGACCCAGCAGAGGAGGAGGAGAGGUGGAGAAUGUGCAGUACGAUAAGAACACUGGGACAGGCCGGAUCAGAUUUUUACACCCUGGAGUUACUGAGUCACUGGUUCUGAAAGGGAAGUACCCUGUGGAUCUGGACUCUCAAGUAGACGUGCAGGUUGGAAACAUUUACACAUAUCGGCUGUGCAAGUUUCAGACUUUCUGUGGCAUCCCGAAGCGUACCAUCCUUCUGGAUGGCAUUGAGGACACUGAGGAUGAAGAGGACCUGCAGGACCACUUGGAGAUCCACUUCCAGAAACCCAGCAACUUUGGUGGUGAGAUAGAGAGCAUCAAGUACAACUCCAGAGGGAAGGCUCUGAAAGCCUUUUUCUGUGAGGACUGACUUUAAGCAGCAACAACAUGUAAGGAAAGUAAGAGUAGCUCCUCCCUCUCCAUUAUCAAUCUGUCUUCCUCCUAUUGAAUCAUCUAAAAAACAUAAUUGUAAUAUGAUUUUUUUUAACAUAUAUAUAUUAUCCCCUAUAUAAAAUGUGGAGUAUAUUAUGGACAAUUAUGGAUUUUUAUUAUAUAU